AUGGAGUUUUAUCAACUACAUCAGGUCAAUGAGUGGACUUGUGUUAAGAUAGUAGAAUACUAUCGUGCAAAAAUCAAGAAAAAAGAUUGGGGAACCGUGUUGGACAGUGUAAAGAAGGAUCUUCAAAAAGUAGCAGAAGUAAAUUCUGGCUUUGACGCAACGAGAAGAAGAAAAGCCCAAGAAAUAGUUGACCGCUGGAAACAUUGGACUGCACCGACAGAUCGUAAUAUGGAUAAUCCACAUUUUAAAGUUGAAUUUCAAAAGAUUAAAACCACCAAAUCUUCAUCAGCAUCUGCUUCUCCCGUAUCUGAUGGCGAGAAUGAGGAGCAAGAUGAACCAAUUGAAAUUGAUCUCAUGAGUAUUAAGAAACAAUUGGAGAUGGUACCAUUGAUUGAGUGGAAGGUUGGUGAUAUAAAUGUCACACAGAAAUUUCGUCAGUACCAGCGAAGUGUUAUUGACAAGGCUAUGAACUAUGGAUUGAAAUGGGAUGAUUCAUAUGAGAUUUUGGCGUUUGCAUCAAUUAUUGUCCUUUCUUGGCCAUGCCCAUAUUCAAAAUUUUUUACUAACCGGGAAUGGGAUCAAAUAACUCAAACCAACCCAUAUGUGAUCCAGUAUCCAGUAAUACCAUCACAAACCUCAACUGUUCUUCGGGAAGUUGCGAUGAAGCAUCUAAUGGGCAAAGAGAGUUAUAUGCAACCUGAUGAAUCAGAACUAAGCAAGGCUGUUGCUCGCACGUUUAAUGAUCUAUGCGAUGUUCCUAUCUAUUCUCCAGUCAAAAUGUCUGAAGAAUUACAUUGUGAUAAACUGUUAUUUCCCUAUAUAAAUUCUUUGUUUUUCAGACGUCUUGCAGAAUACGAAGUUCGACUUAAUUGUGCCGUAGGUAGCUCAAAAAAACGACCUGACUUCUCUUGUGUUGUUGAUGAUGUACCUAUACUUAACUCUGAGAUAAAACCACUUGGAGUAACGCCACUUAAAAGGAAGAAAGACUUUGCAAAAAUACAUUUAAGAGCGAAGAAGUCGAUAAAUCAACAACUGAACUUAAAAGGUGGUCCUGGUGAAGCGGGAUUAUUAAUGAAUAUGGGCGAUGUGGUUGAAUCAUUUUUUAUGGACUUUAGAUUUGGGUUAUACUGCUCAUGGCCCUUUCAUAGAACCAGAUUGGCAAUUGAUAAGGCUUCGAUGCCAUUAAUAGAGUCAAAUUUUUGUCACUUCGUAGCAUUAGAGGCACGCAUAGAACGAGUAAAUAAACUUGCCGAAGAUUUUAAAGGACGCAGUCAACAAUUUACACCACCUCUACAAAUAAAGUUUAUGACCGAAUUUCCCGAUUCUCCACAACUCAGGCAGUUACUUGAAUUAUCCUGA